GGAAGAGGAGGGAGAAGAGGGGGAAGAAGGAGAGUUACCGUUCGGGGAGGACCUGGGCGGAGUGGAUGCGGAAGCCGUCUUCAAAGGUGUGAAGGUGUUCACGAAACUCUUCAAAAAGGGAAGAAAAAUGGCCAAAAUGCGAAACUCCAAAUCACAGUCGGAUGUCAGGCACGAUGAGAGCACUGAAGCAGACAACUGCAAUGUGGAUAACACAUCAGAGAACCUCACUGGCAAAAAUGAUAGAACAAAGGGGAAAGGGAAGAAGGAAAAGGAGAACAAAGAGGAGAGAAAGAAAGCGCUGAACGAGGAAAAGUUUCGGAAGAGAUUCAAGUACACAAAACCCAUCUCGGUAGAGAACACAGCCGUAGUCGUCAACGACUUUACACCCAAGAAAGGCUCUGAUUACCUGUGUGUAAAGACCGGAGACAAGCUGGACGUGAUCGAUGUCUCAGGGGAUAAGGGAGACAUCAUCUGUCGCGACGUCGAGGGGAAAUAUGGUUAUGUGGAAAUUCAGCAUUUACAAUUCUCUAAAAUUAACUAAUGGAGAUUCUUCACUUUGGAAAUGACGAAAGGAACAAGGAGCAACCACUGGGUAUUAAUUGGCGUUUUACCUCUUCCCACCAUCCCCCCUACCCACUGUAAUAGAAAAGUUGUGAAUGAUUUUUGUGUGUAAUUUAUAACUGCGAUUUACUGUACAAAUAUUGCA